AGACCGAGGCUGGGAGGCGGCGGGUGCGGGCGGCUCCGCGGCUGCGCGGGCUGCGGGAGGGGGCGGACGCGUGCUGGCGGCGGCGGCCGCGCAGUACCGACCCUGCGCCCGCGGCGUCCCUGCUGCGGCCCGAGCGGCCUGGCUGCGGGAUCGGUGGAUAGCGAUGGCGCGGCCGCGCCGGCAGUGCCCGAGGGCCUGGGCGCCGCUGCUCUUGCUGCUGCUGGCCGGGCCCGUCGCCUGUGCCGCCAGCCCCGCGGACGACGGCGCGGGCGCCGGGGGCCGGGGGCCCCGGGGCCGCGCGCGGGGAGACUCGGGCUCCGACGAGGCGGUGCCGCGCCACGACUCCUCCUACGGCACCUUCGCGGGGGAGUUCUACGACCUACGCUACCUGUCCGAGGAGGGUUACCCUUUCCCUACUGCUCCUCCUGUGGAUCCAUUUGCCAAAAUCAAAGUGGAUGACUGUGGAAAAACUAAGGGCUGCUUUAGAUAUGGCAAACCGGGCUGUAAUGCAGAGACCUGUGACUACUUCCUUAGCUACCGGAUGAUAGGGGCUGAUGUGGAAUUUGAGCUGAGUGCAGACACAGAUGGUUGGGUAGCAGUUGGAUUCUCUUCAGACAAGAAAAUGGGUGGUGAUGAUGUCAUGGCCUGUGUCCACGACGACAACGGCAGGGUGCGCGUACAGCACUUCUAUAACGUAGGCCAGUGGGCAAAGGAGAUUCAGAGAAAUCCUGCCAGAGAUGAGGAAGGAGUUUUUGAGAAUAAUCGGGUCACCUGCAGAUUUAAACGGCCUGUGAAUGUUCCCAGAGAUGAAACAAUUGUUGAUCUGCAUUUAAGUUGGUAUUAUCUGUUUGCUUGGGGUCCAGCCAUUCAGGGCUCCAUCACCCGACACGAUAUAGACUCACCACCGACUUCAGAGCGUGUUGUCAGUAUUUACAAGUAUGAGGACAUUUUUAUGCCAUCAGCUGCCUAUCAGACCUUCUCCUCUCCAUUCUGUCUGCUUCUCAUUGUUGCCUUGACCUUCUACUUAUUGAUGGGAACCCCUUAACCACAGCUGCAAAGCCAACAGAUUCAAUGCAUUAUUAGAAAGUCUUUAGUAUAUUUUUAAAAAAUAUGCAGUAUAAUUUUAGCUUCUAUUAUGUAAAAAAAAAGACUUAUAUGAUUCAGCUUUCUGGAAGAAAGAGCAAGUUUCUUUUCUAAGCGAAGAGGAUUGUUUAAUAAUGACCCCAUACUUUGGGAAAGUACUUAAAACUUUUCUAAGCACUCACUUUCAAAUAUGUUUUCUUAUUUGAGCUUCCCAACGUCUCUCAGUUGGCUUGAUGAACAUUAUUAUUGCCAUCGUACUGAAUGGGAUUUGAGACCCAGGAAGGUUCCCUUUUUAUGACUCUCGUGCCAUGUAGCCUUGGCUACUUGGUAAGAUAACACAUAGCAAGGUAGAGAAAGCUAGGCAUAGAAACCAUGUCUCUAAACAACCUUUACUCUUCCAACUACAGCUCAAGAGAGUUACUUGGAGUAAUACUAAGGAGAACUUCACUGGAUGGCCCAAGUUCACAGCCAGCCUUUUAGGCAGAAGAACUUUCAAAUUUUCAUAAAGCAUGAAGGCAUUUGGAUACUUACACAGCUAAUGAGGAGAAUGAUGGAGAUAAUAGUGAUAUGAAAAUGGUUCAUAUUUAUUUGAAGUGUCUUCUGGAUUAGUAAGUAGCUAAAAGAACACAUUUUUUUUUGCUGCUUGGAAAGGUUAGAAAUGGAACUGUGAGUGUUCCUGAAGAUGUAAAAUUAUAUUAAUGAUAAAAAAAAAUGGGCAUUCUUAGAAGUUAGAAUUUGGACUCUACUACCACUGUAUUUAAUAAAUUAAGGUGUUCAUUUGUGGUUACAGCUAAUUCUGUUGUCAGUCACCAUAUAUUGAGUAUGAUUAAAUGUGUAUUAUAAUAGACAAAUCAUCUUGAAUAUUCAAGGCAUUUUGAUAAUAAAUUAACAUUUUUGGAGAUUGUGGAGAUUUGGAGUAGAAACAUUUUAAAGAUGACAUUUUUUUUUAAAUUAGCAAAUGCGAAAUGACCCAUCAAGUGAAUUUACUUAGAGUAUCCAUUCAAAUGUUCAGACGUAAAUUGGAUGGGCAGUCAGCAUAAUUUAUAAUAAUGUCUUGACUUAAUGCAUUUUCUUUUUUCAAAGGAACCCAAAUGUUCCUUUAUUCCAACUGACUGAGUUAACAGCCCAUUUAGAGGAAGAGUCUCUGCGUAUAAUUAUGCUGCUGAGACAUUUCCACUGUAGAGUUAUGGAGUCUUCUGGCUCCCCCCCAACUCCCCACCCCAUUGCUUUAAAGUUGGCUUCAACUUUGUGGUUUUUGUGAUUAACAACACUGGAGACUGUGAUUUCUAAUGCCAUCCUUGGAAUCCAUGUCAGAAGUGAAAGGCCGCCUCUCCUUUGGGAGAAGCUUUCACAUUCUUCUGGCACUGAACAAAAAUAAGGAAAACAGGGCUUCCCUGGUGGCGCAGUGGUUGAGAGUCCGCCUGCCGAUGCAGGGGACACGGGUUCGUGCCCCGGUCCGGGAAGAUCCCACAUGCCACGGAGCGGCUGGGCCCGUGAGCCAUGGCCGCUGAGCCUGCGCGUCCGGAGCCUGUGCUCCACAACGGGAGAGGCCACAACAGUGAGAGGCCCGCGUACCACGCAAAAACAAAACAACAACAACAACAAAAAACAUAAGGAAAACAUCCAGAUUCCGUGACAUUUACUGCGUGCAUCCAAGGGAUGUAGGAGAAACAAUCCUCAUUGCAGGUGGGCAGAGGUGAAAUGACAUCAAGCGAGUGAUGGAUUCAAACUCAAGUCAUCGGGUUCAAGUCCCUGGCUCCACCUGACUCAUAACCAAGCCCUCCAGCCUUGGCUGAAGAUGGCCUGUGCAUCACCUUCUAAGCUACAGUGGUUGUGUAGCAGUGAGGACACUGAGUAUGCAGGCACCCACGUUGUAAAUAAGAAAGCAAAUAUUUUUAUAUUUCACCCUCUCAUGUGUAUAAUAUUUCCACCAUAAAUAGGUUAAAACUAAAUCGAGACUUGAGCUAGUCUCUGUAGCAGGCAGGGAAGGAAUAAAUUAAGGGAUUUUCCUUCUGCUUACAUUUCAAGUCAAGCUAAUUGUUUCGUGAAUUGUUUUUCCUUGGAUUACCAGUUUUGCAUAUCCAUUAGUGUGAAAUGCAAACCACUUUGCUUACCUCCAAAAUCAUCUUUUGUCACCACUCCUCACCUUGCUCUGUCCCAGCAAGACUGAUUUGCUCUCAGUUCUUCAGACCUGCUUUCUCACCUCUCGUGACAUUCCCUGUGCCCAAACAUUCUCCACUUCCUGGGCUUGCUGAACUCCUAUGCACCUGUCAGGUCACAGAGUAAGUAUUUCUUCCUCCAGUCCCCUGGACUAAGUAUCAAUAGGUUCAGGUCCCUGCCAAAUGCUCCCAGAGCACACUCGGCUUCCCCAUUAUUUUACUCAUCUCACUUUCCUGUAAUUGCUGGCUCGUCCUCCCUGCUAACUCCGUAAUGCAGGGACCAUUUCCUGUUACUCAUCCUUAUAACAGACACGACUGCAUACAAACAUUUGUUGAAUGAAUAAAUAAAUGAAACUCUACUCCCAUGGCAAGUUUGGUCCAGAAAGCUUGUAUUCCAUAUACAUUGCUAGACUGGUCAACAUUUUUAUAUUUUUCGACCUGUGAUCACUCCUUUAGCAAACGCUGAACUUUUGUCCCUUGAAACAUAAAUCGAAAGAUCUUUCGUAACAAUGCUGUUUUGCCCUGUAAAACAGAGUUGACAUUUUUAACAAUAAUCAUUGUUCGGAAAUGGGAAUUCAACAGACCAGGGAUGCAGAACAGCAUUUAACCAUCAUCCCAGAGAAUCAUCAAUUUAUAGACAUAUUGAAGUUAAAACUCUGUAGACUCCAAUUUUAUUCGUUCUUACGUAAUGUAGGAGAAUCAACUUCUAUUUUAUCUCUGUAUUCCAUUUUCUAACAUAGUACUUGUUACAGGGGAGAAACCCAACCAGUGUGUUUUUGUAAAUGCCUAAGUAGAAUAAUAAUGUCUGCUAAGUGUAUUUAGUGCUUUUCUUAGCACUUUACAAGGAUUAACUCGUUUAAUCCUCACAACAACCAUAGGAAGUAGAUUCUAUGAUUAGUCCAAUUUUACAGAUGAAGAAACUGCGGCUAGGCAUUUGGCAUAAAUUACCAGUGUUGGCAAGGACUUUAGACGCCAUUUUAUCCAAUGCACUUAUUUUAAAGAGGGGCAGCUGAGACCUAGGGAGGUGAUGUGAUUUCCAUCAUGCACAUUCAUUAAAACUUUUAUUAAGUGGAACCCACUAUCCACACUCAAAUUAGCCAGGUGCUUUUUUUUCCCCUUUAGCAACUUACAAUGAAUAGAAGGACUUUUUAUAGUUAUAUUUGGGGAAAGGGGUACAUUUUACUUUCUAUUGGCUUUUUCUCUUCUUAAAAACAUUUUGAUUGUUUAUUUUACCAGUCAUUUUAGUGUGUUUAGUAGUUUUAAAAAAUAAUACACAGAUUGGACAAGACUAGAAUGUAUUUGUCUUAGUUAAUUUUUUAAAGUGACUACCUAAAACCCAGGUCUUCUAACUUGGAGUCCAAUGCCCUUUUCUUGCUCCACUGUAGUCUCAAAGGUGAAUUUGCAAACAUGAUUUCAGACAAAAUGCAAGAGCCAUAUUUAAUUAUCUUAAGUUGGCUUUUGUCAUCAAGGAAAUCAGAAGGUUUGGACAACUCAGGGAUGGAUUUCCAUCCCACAUAUUUUUUACUACUGUUUCUGUAAUUAAGUUUACAGUCUAUAUUCAGGAUUUUGUGCUUAAGGGGUAUUACCACUGAGGUUGUAUAUUAUUCUUAGUUCUAGCCUAUGGGUCAGCAAAGUUUUUCUGUAAAGGUCCGGAUGAUAAAUAUUUUAGACUUUGCAGUCUCUUAGCUGUUCAACUCUGUUGCAGACAAUACGUAAACCAAUGAGCAUGCCUGUGUUCCAAUAAAACUUGACACAAAUUUGAAUUUUAUAUAACUUUUACAUGUCACAAAUACUCUUCUUUAGAUUAAAAAAAACUUUUUAAAUGUAAAAACCAUUCUUAGCUUGCAGACCAUACAGAAACAGGCAGCAGGUUGGGUUUGGCCUGUGGACUGUAGUUUUCCUACCCUUGCUCUCAGCUAAGAGGCACACCCAGGUGUCAUGAUCAGUUGUAUAGGACACUGCGAGUAAUGUAUUAUAAUGUAUUACUGGUUAAUUGUAAAAAUAUCGACAUUAGUAAUUUGUUUGUAAACUAAAUUAUAGUUGAUGGAUUGUAAACUAAAUUAUAGUUGAUGGAUUGUUAUCUUGAUAAUGCAAUCCCAUUAGAAUUUGCAUUCUAAUAUGUUUUCCAGAGUGGAUGUGAAAGAGGUGUCAGUAAAGUCAGAGCUGGGUAAGUUUUAUUUUAUCUAAGCUGUGCCAAUCGUGAAUGACUUUCACUGUGCAGUUGCUCUUCAUGGUGUGGAUUACAGUUGAUCCUUAAACAUUGCAUGGGGUUAGGGGCACUGACCCUCUAGGCAGUGGAAAAUCCACCUAUAAUUUAUAGUAAGCCCUCCAUAAUAUGGGGUUCCCAUGUCCGCGGUUCCUCCUAUCCAUGGUCACAUGGUCCAACGAUGCAACCAACCUUACUACAUGUAGCACUGUAGUAUUUACUAUUGAAAAAAAUCCAUGUAUAAGUGGACCUGCACAGUUCAAACUUAUGUUGUUCAAGGGUCAACUGUACAAUGUUCAGACUAGUUUAUUUUCCUCUAGACAGUUUUUAAGUAUUAUCUAAAUCUGUUACAUCCCCGGGAUGGGAGUGUUUUACUCAUGUGACUAUGGCAUCACCUUGUGUAUCAUAAUGGAAACAUGUUUGAGAACCACCACAAUAGGUCAAAUGCUGAGAUGUAAAUACUUUGCUGUAUAUAACUGUAUUGUUUUCUAAAUAGAAUUGGUUAUGUUUAGUGAACAGUUUGAUUAUUCUCAGAGUGUUUGUAUAUAUAUUUGUACAUACAUGAUGAGGUCUGUAUGUGUUUAUACAUAAAUGCCUAUUAUAUACACAUACCAUGGCCAUUUGAAAGUCUUUGUCAGGAUUGUUUCUGUUUCUGAUCUUGUGAAUACUUUAAAAACCAAGAGAUAAAACAUUGUAUGUAUUACAGGCCAAACUACCCUUGAGUUUAUAGAAAUUUCGUUUGCAGAAAGGGUUCCUGGAUCCAUUAUUAAACCUUGCCUCCUCCAUUCAACAUUCUAUGACUUGUUAAGAACAUAUAAAAUAAAGUAUCAUUGUUGAGUUUGACUUUUCUAUACUGUUAGUUAAGAAACUAAGCCUAGUGUGAACUGAGUCAAUGGCAUGUAGAUGCAACCGGGUUUAUCCAUGUUUUAUAUUUAAUUAGAUUUCUUGUUCAAUUAAUCAGUUAUUUAGUUUCAAGUUGUACUUGGUUGUUUUCAUAUUUAAUAGAUAAAUAUAAAUUCCUUUUCAUGAAAAUAGUGGCUAUUAACGUGAUUUUAAAUGUGACUAAAAAUUUAAGUGAACCAUCAAGCGCUUUGGGGUUUUUCACUUAAAGUAUGCUGAUAUUCAACUAAUGUUUUCCAUUUUCCCCUGGAUAUUGGCUAUUAGGCAAAUAGCUGUUCUGUUCUAUUCUUCUGGAGAGCCAUGGAUUCUCUAGGGUUACGGGGUGCGUGGCGGUUGUGCCAUUCCCCCAGAUCACUAAAGCCGUUACCAUUUCAUCACACAGAAUGUCCUGACCACCUGGAAGAGUAAAUGCACCUUCUCCACAUGCCUUAUUCCCCCAGAUGCGCUCAUAUGCUGGAACAGUCUGGCUCCAGGAGUAUUAAUAUACUUUUUUGCAACUGUCUGUAAAAUACUAUUUUGUAAGAACUAUGCCUUUAGAUGGACAUUGGUGGGUUAUAUUUGUUUUAUAAUAAUUGUGUACUUAAUGUUCAAUUGUGAUUGAUUUUGAGAUUUAUGUAUAUUUAUAAGCCUGUCCUACGUGGAUUUUUACUCUACGAUGUGUGGUACCUUACUAAUAAAGACAUGGAUUUCUAUUUAUGUAAAGUAAUCGUAGCAGUAUUCCUAGAUGCUACCUAAAUGAUUGUUCUGCCCAUCUGCCGUCACAAAUACUUCUAUCUUUAGAGGGCUAUGUUAGAGUUAGAAUAUAUUAACUAGAUUUAAAUUUUAAAAUAUAAAUUCUCAACAUGGUUUGAAAUUCUUCCUGUUGAUGUAAUUAAAGUUUAUAAUUCUUUAUUGAUUUA